AUGGCUACCGCGGGAGCCGCAGCGCCGUCGGCGUCGCUGUACGUGGGCGAUCUGGACAAGGAGGUGACGGAGGCGCAGCUGUACGAGCUCUUCAGCCAGGUCGGCCCCGUCGCGUCCAUCCGCGUCUGCCGUGACGCCGUCACGCGCCGCUCGCUGGGCUACGCCUACGUCAACUACAACAGCGCUGACGACGAGCAUGCAGCGGAGCGCGCAAGGGAGGCGCUGAACUACCGCGAGGUGAACGGGCGGCCCAUCCGCAUUAUGUGGUCCCACCGCGACCCCAGCCACCGCCGCAGCGGCGUCGGAAACAUCUUCAUCAAGAACCUGGACGAGUCGAUCGACCACAAGGCGCUGCACGACACGUUCAGCGCGUUCGGCCCCAUCUGGUCGUGCAAGAUCGCCGUGACGCCCGAGGGCAAGAGCAAGGGGUACGGCUUCGUGCACUUCGAGACGGAGGAGGCGGCCAACCUGGCCAUUGAGAAGGUCAACGGCAUGCUCGUGGAGGGCAAGAAAGUAUUCGUGGGCAAGUUCCUGAAGCGGGGCGAGCGGGACUCAGACGGGCAGCAGGCGCGCUUCACCAACGUGUUUGUCAGAAACCUCGCGCCCGAAAUCACGGAGGAGCAGCUCUCCGCGCGCUUCUCAGAGAUCGGCCCCAUCACCAACGCCGUUGUGAUGCGCGAUGACGCCGGCGCCUCCAAGGGCUUUGGGUUUGUCAACUUCCAGGACCCCGCCAGCGCGCAGGAGGCCGUUGAGAAGCUCAACAACGCGCAAUUCGGUUCAAAGGCGAUUCUUGUGGCCCGAGCACAGAAGAAGUCAGAGAGAGAGCAGAUGCUGCGAAGCCAGUACGAGGAGAAGAAGAUGGAGCGGCUUCAGCGCUUCCAGACCACCAACCUGUAUGUGAAGAAUCUGGAAGAGGCGGUGGAUGACGACAGGCUCAUGGCGGAGUUUGCCCCGUUCGGGGCGAUCACGUCGGCCAAAGUGAUGCGCGACGACAAGGGCACCAGCCGGGGCUUUGGGUUUGUCUGCUUCUCCAACACUGAUGAGGCCAGCCGCGCCAUCAUGGAGGCUAAUGGUCGUCUGGUGAACGGCCGUCCGCUCUACGUGGCGCUAGCCCAGCGCAAGGAGGUGCGCCAGGCGCAGCUGCAGCAGCAGUUCGCACUCAGGGGCGCGCUCCCCCCGGGCGUCCUUCCCCCAGGCGCAGCCCUCCCCCCAGGCGCAGUUCUUCCCCCCAACGCCGCUGCUGCAGCUGCCGCCGCCGCUGCUGCUGCUGGGGGACCUAUCCCCGGGGUGGCAGGGGGGCCGGGGGGGAUGCCGCCUGGUGCGCCCAUGUUCCCCCCUGGUGCGCCCAUCUUCUAUGCUGCGCCCCCCCCUGGGGUGCUGGCGGGAGGCGCGGGCGCGCAGGGGCAGGCGCAGAGGCAGGGGCAGGGGGUGGUGUAUCCGCAGAUGAUGGGGCGGGGCGCUUGGCGGGGGCCCAUGCCGCGGGGAGGGUUCCAACCCAUGCCCAACUACAAUGCGUCCAUUGGUCCGCGCCAGCGCCAGGGGCGGGGGCGACCACAGCAGGGGCAGCAGCCGCAGCAGAUGCUCCCCAUGGGAGCCGUGCCAGUGCCAGUGGUGCCAGUCCCCAUGGCACCUGGCGUCGUCCCCCCUGCUGCGCCCAUGCCUCUGCCGUCGGAUCCGCUCAAUCCGACGGCCCUCGCUGCAGCGCCGCCUGCUCAGCAGAAGCAGAUGCUGGGAGAGCGCCUCUUCCCACUCAUCCAGCAGCAUCAGCCGGAGCUGGCGGGUAAGAUCACGGGAAUGCUUCUCGAGAUGGACAACAGCGAGCUGCUGCUGCUGCUGGAAUCACCAGACGCCCUCCUGGCCAAGGUGGAAGAGGCACUCAUGGUGCUGCGCCAGCACUCGGGGGACCCCGCUCCUGCCACUGAUGGCGCUGCUGCUUAG